AUGUUCUCAUCGCCUAUGCCCAUGGGUCAUUUUUCCGGUGCGCAAAUUAAGAUGGCCUCUAUGACGUUGGGUUUGGUGCAGAUGGAAUUGGAAAAGCUGAAACGUAUGCCACUUGUCAAUGCGGAGAUUUACUUGGAAUUGCUCAACAAGUUGGUAGAGCCUUUAGCUGUUGUACAGGGGAUGAUGGGGUUGAGGACAUGGUUGGCAGAGGUGCAAAUGUUCAUGUCGAAAUUGAAACAGAGGUCUUUUUCCGGAAUGCCAUUAUCUCCACGUGAACGUCAGGUUUUACAAUGGUAUUCCGCUCGUUGGCGUGAGUUGCGAGGAGGACCUUGCGACAUGGGACGUCCCGAAGCUCAAAUUGUCCUCAUAUCCCUUGGAGAACUAGCAAUGUAUUAA